GCCUAUGAGGUUAAGUGCUACUGCCUAUCUGCAGGUGCCUGGUGAUACCCGCCAAGUUAGAACAUUGAGACCCUGCAGCACCUCUAUAAAAAGACGUGCAUUAAUAAAUAGGAUAAAGUUAAGGUUUCGUGCCUUGUUAGAUGGUUUUGGUGUAAAUAUCUUUGUGUAA